AUGGCAGACCAAAACACACCAAGUCAACAGGCAACGACGAGCCCUGCCGUUGACCAACCUCAAGCUCGUGUCGAGGAAACACAAGCGACGCCAGUUGAAUUGAAAAAAGAUGAUGAAAUUGCAGUAGAUGCUGAAGCCCCAAGUCAAGAUGAUGCUAAUGGUGCUGGAGAACCGUCGGAAGAAUGGCGACAACGCGAACAAGCACUGGAAUUGAAGGUUCGCGAAGAGGAAAUAGACUUACUACGGAGUAGGGUAAAGAACUUGGAGACAGAAUUACAUGCGGCUCUAUCAAAGCCGGCCGGCAAGAAUCAGGAGAUUAUACAAAACAUUAAGCAGCAACAUGAAGAGCUUCUGAGCAAGGCCCGCGGCAUGAUUUUCGAUAAAACAAAGAUGGUGAAGAACCAAGAGCUGCAAAUCGAGGCCCUUAACAGCCAGGUGCAGUCUCUGAAGGAUAUCAAUGUCAUCACCAAGGAUUUACUUAACAUUAGGAACUCUGAAGUCAAAGCGAUGGAAGAUCGUUUGGCAGCAAUGGAGGCCCGCUUCAAAGCAGAGAAAGAGCGCCACGCCCUAGUGUUACAACGGGCACAGACCAGCUCUGGUCUCAACGAUGAUCUUAAAAAGGAGUAUGAGACUCAGCUCGCUAUAUUUAAGGAAUUAAGAGAAAAGUACGAACAGAGGGUCCAAGCGUUGGUGUCUGAAAAUCAACAACUGAAGGAUCUAAGGAAAAUGACCGCCCCCAGCUAG